UUUUUUUUUUGGUAUUUAUAUGCUGUCAAGUUUUGAAGUGGUGAUCUUUAGAGGGUAACUGAGUAUGGAUCAUUUGAACGAGACAACUCAGGGGAAAGAACAUUCAGAAAUGUCUAACAAUGUGAGUGAUCCUAAGGGUCCACCAGCCAAGAUCGCCCGCCUGGAGCAGAACGGAAGCCCGCUAGGAAGAGGAAGGCUUGGAAGUACAGGUGCAAAAAUGCAGGGAGUGCCUUUAAAACAUUCGGGCCAUCUGAUGAAAACCAAUCUUAGGAAAGGAACCAUGUUACCAGUUUUCUGCGUGGUAGAACAUUAUGAAAACGCCAUAGAAUAUGAUUGCAAGGAGGAGCAUGCAGAAUUUGUGUUGGUGAGAAAGGAUAUGCUUUUCAACCAGCUGAUAGAAAUGGCAUUGCUGUCUCUGGGAUAUUCACAUAGCUCUGCUGCCCAGGCCAAAGGGCUAAUCCAGGUUGGAAAGUGGAAUCCAGUUCCACUGUCUUAUGUGACAGAUGCCCCUGAUGCUACGGUAGCAGACAUGCUGCAAGAUGUUUAUCAUGUGGUCACACUGAAAAUUCAGUUACACAGUUGCCCCAAACUAGAAGACUUGCCUCCCGAACAAUGGUCGCACACCACAGUAAGGAAUGCUCUGAAGGACUUACUGAAAGAUAUGAAUCAGAGUUCGUUGGCCAAGGAGUGCCCCCUUUCACAGAGUAUGAUUUCUUCCAUUGUGAACAGCACUUACUAUGCAAAUGUCUCAGCAGCAAAAUGUCAAGAAUUUGGAAGGUGGUACAAACAUUUCAAGAAGACAAAAGAUAUGAUGGUUGAGAUGGAUAGUCUUUCAGAGCUAUCCCAGCAAGGUGCCAACCAUGUCAACUUUGGCCAGCAGCCGGUCCCAGGGAACACAGCUGAGCAGCCUCCAUCCCCCGCGCAACUCUCCCACGGCAGCCAGCCCUCUGUCCGGACCCCUCUUCCAAACCUGCACCCCGGGCUUGUGUCAACGCCCAUAAGUCCUCAGUUGGUCAAUCAGCAGCUGGUGAUGGCUCAGCUUCUCAACCAACAAUAUGCAGUGAAUAGACUAUUAGCCCAGCAGUCCUUAAACCAACAAUACUUGAACCAUCCUCCCCCUGUGAGUAGAUCUAUGAACAAGCCUUUGGAGCAACAGGUUUCAACUAACACUGAGGUGUCUUCCGAAAUCUACCAGUGGGUACGAGAUGAACUGAAACGAGCAGGAAUCUCCCAGGCAGUAUUUGCACGCGUGGCUUUUAACAGAACUCAGGGCUUGCUUUCAGAAAUUCUCAGAAAGGAAGAAGACCCCAAGACUGCCUCCCAGUCUUUGCUGGUAAACCUUCGGGCUAUGCAGAAUUUCUUGCAGUUACCAGAAGCUGAAAGAGAUCGAAUUUACCAGGAUGAAAGGGAAAGGAGCUUGAAUGCUGCCUCCGCUAUGGGUCCUGCCCCCCUGAUAAGCACACCACCCAGCCGUCCUCCCCAGGUGAAAACAGCUACGAUUGCCACUGAGAGAAAUGGGAAACCAGAGAACAAUACCAUGAACAUUAAUGCUUCCAUUUAUGAUGAGAUUCAGCAGGAAAUGAAGCGUGCUAAAGUGUCCCAAGCACUGUUUGCAAAGGUGGCAGCAACCAAAAGCCAGGGAUGGUUGUGUGAGCUGCUACGCUGGAAAGAAGAUCCUUCACCAGAAAAUAGAACCCUGUGGGAGAACCUCUCCAUGAUCCGAAGGUUCCUUAGUCUUCCACAACCAGAACGUGAUGCCAUUUAUGAGCAAGAGAGCAAUGCAGUGCAUCACCAUGGCGACAGGCCGCCCCACAUCAUCCAUGUUCCAGCAGAUCCGAUUCAGCAGCCCCCACCACAGCCACAGCCACAGCCAGUGCCACCACCCCCUCAGCCGCAGGCACAGCAGCCAACAGUGCCCCGACUGCCCCCCAGGCAGCCCACCGUGGCCUCCCCUGCAGAGGCAGAGGAGGAGAACCGGCAGAAGACUAGGCCACGCACCAAGAUCUCCGUGGAAGCCCUAGGAAUCCUACAGAGCUUCAUCCAAGACGUAGGCCUGUACCCCGACGAAGAGGCCAUCCAGACUCUGUCCGCCCAACUGGACCUCCCCAAAUACACCAUUAUCAAGUUCUUCCAGAACCAGCGGUAUUAUCUCAAGCACCAUGGCAAACUGAAGGACAACUCAGGCUUGGAGGUGGACGUGGCAGAGUACAAGGAGGAAGAGCUGCUGAAGGAUUUGGAAGAGAGUGUCCAGGAGAAGAGUGUGAACACCCUUUUCUCUGUCAAACUGGAGGAAGAGCUUGCUGUGGAAGGAAACACAGACAUUACCGCAGACUUGAAAGACUAAGAUGAAAGUAUUCUUUACAUUCAACAGUGCCACUGGUAUUUACGAGAAAGGUCCACCUUGUAUUCCACUCAGAAAACCUUGGUGGUUCAUUGUUUGGCCAAUGAAUCUUCAGAACCUUGCACAAACAGGAGAAGUUGGGAAAGGAUGGUCUAGACUGCACUAAAGGUUUUCCUCUUUUACAAACUGCUUGGCAGCCCCAGGUGAAGCAUCAAGGAUUGUUUGGUAUUCAAAAUUUAAAUUUGUGUUCACGGGACAUUCAAAAGGUGUGUAGCCCGGAAGCAUGAUACCAGUGAUUUUUAUUAUUAUUAUUAUUAAUAUUAUUAUUAUCAUGGAGCCUCAAACAAGCAUUAUAACUUCUGUGAUUAUUAAUUCCUUUCUUUUAAUGAUUUCUGUAACACUCCACACUGAUCUUUGGAAACUCGCCCCUUAUUUUAAAAAGAAAAAAAUAGAGUUUGCUACUCUAUUGUAUGUUACAGAAGAACUGUAGACUGUGGAAUGCAGUUUAAAGAUGACAUAUGCCAACAAAUGCCUUGUAUUAUAUGGCACUGCCGUAAUUCAAAUUUCUUUUUAUUUUGGAAAUAAAAAUUCACUUGUAAUUGUUUUUUUUCAUUCUCAUUGUAAUAUGAUUUUUUUAAUGAAAAGAAAAUGUGAAACACAAUGUAGUCUUCAUUAUUUAUUUGUAGAUCUUGCAGUUUCAUGUUGUAAUUAAUUUUUUGGAAAUUUCCGUUAAGUGUAAUAUUGCUUCUCUUGUUACCAUACUGAUUCUUUUCUAUUUAUAAAUGUAUUUUGAUGGGCAGUAAAACAAAGUGUCUUAAAAGUUUUAAAUAGAGAAAAUGUGCUUUACACAGUUGCCUAUAAGAAGUGCUCUGUUAUCCAAGCAAUUCAUACUAUAAGCUUCACUCUUAUUGUUGUAUGCAAUUUUUACUAUCAUGCAAAUAAGCUUAGGUAAAUAAAAACUAAUAGAUCACCUUAGAAAAUUAUGCAAUUAAUGUGAAAAUAAUUGAUGUUUGCAAUGUGUCUUCCUUCGGUUUACAAUCAAUUUUAAAGCUACAUCUGUAUAAAAUUUCUGUAUAAAGGUGUAUUUUUUUUUAUGAGUUCAUGGCUAUGAAAACACCAGCCAUUUUGUUACAGCUGGCUGUUUUUAUAAGUGUAUCACAAUUUUCUUUAUGCAGAAAUGUUCUGAUUAGGAGUGGUUAUUGACUGUAACUACACAAUUAAAAUUGUUUGUAUGGUAUGACAUGGUAGGGUUUGUCUGCUUAUGUGAAGUAUCCAUAAAGAAGAUUCAAAGUAUGGCCCUCAGGUACAUGCUCAUUCGUGCUUUCUUGACAGUUUGCUGGUUUUCAAAGAACAAUUGAAAAAAAUCACUUGAAACCUAUAUAUUUGAAUCAUGGACACAUGCUUAUUUUUUAAGUUUAAUAGUGAAAAUGACAAGCUGUUUUCAGUUAAUAAUUUUGCUGAUAGCCUCAAAAAACUUGUCAAUGAAUAUGUAAGCCCAAUCUUUAGCAGUUAUGUGAUGAGGCUGGCAUCAUCUGUGUUAAUCUCACAAUAUCUUUGAUAAAGGCCACGCCUUUCUUUAAGCCAAUGUAUAGUUUUAAUGAUCGUUAAUAAUACAAACCAGGGGAAUUGAACCCUCUGUAUAAAUA